AUGGCCAACCCCUAUGUUCUUGGGGCUGCUGCCUUUCCAUAUGAGGAGAUGCCCUUCCACAGCCAGACUUACAGCGGGAUGGAGGAUGGUUUCGGCGACUCGCCCCUGACCUACAUCGACCCUACUCUCCAGAGUCCUUCGCCCGCGCUUUACGGCAGCCCCUGGGAGCCGCCCGUCCACCGGUUCCCGAAGAGUACUGGGACGGCCCUCGUCAGUGGCGACAUCCCCAUGCACAUGGCAAGCCGCGCGCACAUGCGGUCCGCACUAGUCGUUCACCCAGGACCAUCGCCCUCGCAGAUCCGCUUCCCAAGCCCUCUCCCGUCGAGCGAGCCACCUUCAUCGUCCGGCAGCGCCCACAGUCCGUGUCCAGAAUCCGAACCGUACUACGAAAACUUCCCAAGGACGCCUCCUGACACGAACAUGUUUUCGCCCUAUCAAGCCCCGGCUCCCUUGGAACCCUUCUCGAGCGCACACGCCGUGCAGUUCACAAGCAUGGGCCCUAGCCUUGGCUCGGACUGCGUGAACCCUCUCGACGUGAACCCCAACCAGCAAGCCGACUAUUGCGAGAGCGACAAUGGUCUCAUCGACUUCAGCCUUGCCCAGACGAGGUACAGCUACGACAGCCACGCCGCAAGCCACUGUGACGCCGAGCCGGCACAAGCCGCCGUUGUCCACGACUUCGACACCGCCAAGCGUAUGGCAAGCCCAGAAGAGAUGCGCAGGAGCAGCAGGCAAAAAUUUUCUUCCUCCUCCUCUGCAGAGAACAGCGGCAACCCCAACGGCGCCAUCUUCAACCGCAAAGACCUCUUCACACAACACCUCAAGCGCAUGCACGCCCCCGCGGCCAUCAAGCACCUAGUCAACAACCCACCCAACCCGCCACCCCGAAAACAGAAAACCCCGCAGCAACCACACCCACAAACAGAAGAAUCCGAAGAAACCACCCGUCUCCUAGCACAAUGGAACACCCGGCUACGCGCCCUACAAGAAAGCUGCAAGCGCGACCGCUGCCGGCUGCCGAAAUACAUGGCCUGUCCCGUACUCGGAUGCGACCAUGCCGGGAGGACGGGUUUCCGCGGGGACGAUGCAUGGAACCAGCGCAUGGAGCACGUGGCGCGGCACAUGGAGCGGGCCGCGGCCGGGCUUGAGGCACGCGUCGUGUUUGGUGAUGUCCGUGGGGAUCCCACGCUGGUUCGGUGGGCGGCGGAUCCGGCGGUUGCGAUCAUCGUUCCCAGCAGGCGGGGGCGGCGUGGGCAUCCCAGUCAGGGUAGGCGUGGUCUGGGUUUGGGUCUGGAUGGGGAUGAGGAUGAUGGGGAAGGUGAUGGGCAAGGGCAAGGGCAGAUGUGGGAGCUCAAAAGUCCCCUGCAGAGAAAGCCCGGGGGGAAUGUGGUUGUCUUGGCGCCCGUAUUGGAGGAGGAGGAGGUGGAGGAGGAGGAGGAGGAGGUGGAGGAGGAGGAGGAGGAGGUGGAGGAGGAGGAGGAGGAGGUGGAGGAGGAGGAGGAGGAGGUGGAGGAGGAGGAGGAGGAGGCGGAUGACGGGGUUGUCGUAGGGGAGACGGUGUUUGUUGCUGAUGCUGAUGCUGAUGCCGAGGAGGUAGGCGAGGGCAGCGAGGAGGAUGCUGAAGGGGAGGACGACUAAGUGCUGUUGUUAAUGCCCAUGUUUUCCCCUUUCCUUCUUUUUUGUCGCUUCUCUGUUUCAUUAGGUCGAGUACGAUGGAAUUGUCCGGGCUACGGUUUCUUUACGAUGCAUGAUCACCAAGUUCCUUUCCUAAGAUACACAUUACGAUCGAGGACCGUAUCUCUCUGUCUCUACUGAUACCUCGGCUCUCUACACUUUCAUUGGCACGGAUUGUAAAAACCGAAAUACAACAGGCUCGCGGGUUCAC